UUCUUUUGGCCAUUCGUUUUACCCUCGAAAUUUCAUACCGAAUCGCUUUCUCUUCAUCCUUCUCUUAAUUUCACCCUUACGCCUUCGCUGCCUGUAUGUGACCCAGCAUCUCGACCAUGCAGCACAGCAAAGGACUCGAGUCCCCGGAGCUGGGACGGACGGUCUCGCGCUCGCGCAGCACCAGCAUGUCCAGCGACUCGCAAAUAUCCCGUACCCAUCUGCUGGCUCCCCCACCUGUGAUCCCCGCGCCCUCGUAUAUCGCAUCGUCCGCGGCCGCCCAGAUCAUCACCGCCGACCAAGAGUUCAACGCCGCCGACUUUCUGGCCGAUGAUGAAGGCCAUGGAUCAAGUGCAAGUGCACUUGUAACCCGGGACGCCCUCUCUGCUCUGAAUUCAUUCCUCGAUAAUCUUCUGUUCAACAUUCUGGCCGCGGCCAAGUCAACCCAAUUAGUCAAUAUUCGCCCCGCGGUCGCGGAGGUUUUGAAGCCUCGACUCGCCAAGGAGAUGGUUUCUGCGGCCGACGAUGAGUUGAGCGAAUACUUAGGAGGACCUGGAGACGGACAGAUCGAGUACGGUGGCGGUCAAACCUCAAUUGGAGAUUUCGAUCUCAUUCGCUCAUGGAAAUUGACCCGUCUGCGAUGUAUGGUCUACACACGACUGGGUGACAUGGAGGAAGAUGACGAGGAGGAUUAUAUCAACCAGGAAAUGCUAGGCGAAGAUGGGGGCGGCCUCCGGAGACUGGCAAGUCACGUUGGAUACAUUACACCCGCCGCUUCCAUUUUCCUCACUUCUAUCAUUGAGCACAUCGGCGAACAGGCUUUAGUUAUUGCAGGCGAGACAGCUCGGUCGAGACUGUCAGCAAACCUUGGCAAUGACAACGAAUCAGUAGAGGCCGGUGCGAACCGGGGGAGUAUGGACCGGCUGAUCGUGGAGGACCAUGACAUGGAGAGGCUGGCCCUGAACCCAACUUUGGGGAGACUGUGGCGGACAUGGAGAAAACGCAUGCGAGGAGCCAACUUGUCCCGAGCAGUUUCUCGAGAAUCUCUCCGACAUCGCCAGAGCCUGAUUUUCAUGACGGGCAGUAGGAGGAGCAGUGCCGUCACGAUAGGCGAGAUCUCACCGCGGUCUGCAUCAUCGCGAUCCGCGACCUCGCCGCUUUCAGAGACUCGGCCUGAUGUUGACCCAGCUUUCAUCCCACUGCCGGUGAGUGAGCACGAUGUCCAGGAAAUCGAAACCCCGAACUUUCUUCCAGAGCUCGACACCAGCGACAUUCAGACGAUGCAGGCUGUAGUGGCCCACAAGGUUCGACCUCACAGCUUGAUGGUGCUCACGCUACCCUCGCCUAGAUCGCCAUCGUCGAACGGAAACUCCCCUCUCACUCCUAAAAUCCAAACCGUAAAGAUUACACGCCACGCUCGAUCCCGGUCACUGCCCAAUGCUGCUCCUGAGGAAGCAUCGGAAGUUGAAGAACCUGCAGAGCGCUUAUCUCCCACACCGUCUGAGGAGAAAAGGCGAUUGGAAACAAUGUACGAGCAUGACGAGGAUGAUGAGCGGGACGUCGAACAGGAAACCCGGCCAGUGAAGGUUGACGCUGCGGCAAAUAAACCAGAGACGGCCGACGAAAAUGAGCCGGUCGAUGCUAGCGCAAGCCCGUCGACUUCAGUUGCAUCGGUUGAGGUAGCCACGAGUGAAGCUAGUAGUACUCCAGUAUCGUCGCCUUCUCUAACCGAAGUGCUUGAGGAACACGAGACGGGUGAGAAACCCCAACCGGCAGCUGAGGAAUCAACUACCCCUGGGCUUAUCGACGAGGCGCCGGGGACGCAAGGGGUCGACUCCACCCCGGCCCAACCCGCCGCCGAUCACGAUGCGUCUCAAGCUCCUGAUGCCGACCUGUCGACCGUCGAACACUCAGCCCCUCCAGCAGCUCAACCUUCCGCUGACGACUCAGCCUUGGAUAGGCCUCCCCGACCGGUUUCGACUUCUGGAGAAAGUGCCUAUUCGGACAGUUCGCGGACUCUGCCUUCCAAGUCCAGCCUGCCCCUUGUGAGAAGCGGCAGUCAGCAUCGGUACGGGCGCUCGAGCCCAGGGAUAUCCUCCGUCAACUCCGGCAUAGAGCGCGCCGCAGUUCAACGAUUAUCGGGGCGGCAUUCCACUUCGAUAGCUUCUUCCGUCUAUUCCAAGACCCGCCGCUCUGGCAGUUUCAGCAGCAGCCGGGAGAGACGUCCAGUCACAGCCGGCUCUUCUACUUCUCAGGUUUCUAGCAAGUUAAAAGGUCUGAUCGGUCGGCCUGGUGACUCCGGCUCGAUUCGUCUCCGUAGCUCCUCCGAGGUAAGCAGGGUAUCAACCAGAGAAUCAGCGUACGACGAUACUUCCGGCUUGGACGACUUGAUUCGCAGUGAGGAAACGAUCCAUUUCACUCUGACACCAAAGAAUAUGAGAGAAAUGGAGUUGCCGGAUUCACCCAGAUGGCGUGCCCAGCAACCAAGUACGGUUGAUUUGACCGACUUGCAGAAGAGCACCACUCCACCCGCAGAGAACACUCCUCGAUCGAGAACCUCUACAGCCUCCUCGAAAAGCAUUGUGGACCUUCCAGUUCCACCAGUGCCUAAGUACCUCCAGCCGAAACCCCGAUCCAUCGAGAUCCCCGCCAUGAGCCCGCAGCAGAAAUCGAAUGCUGGACCGCCUCGGGACGCGAAGCAGAGCAUUGAGUCUACCAGUGAUUUCUCAAGCUUCCUGAAAUCAACCGGGCCAAAUACUCCAACCACUCCUGCGACGGUCGAAAGCACCCCGCUGAAGUCGCCGCGCUUGCGUCGGUUGUCUGAUGCCACAGAGAUAGCGAAGAAGCUCACUCGGCCUGCAAGUGGCGCUGUUUCUAUUUCCAGUUCUGCUCGUAGCGGCCCUCGCAUGGAAGCCCGCUCCGCUGUGGUUCCCAGAGGAGAUCAAACGUCGGACUUGAUAGAUUUCAUUCGGGAAGGCCCACCGACUACUGGGGCUCAUCGUAUCCCACGUACAGUGGCUCCGUUCAGGGAUACCAUGGACUCGGACGAAUUACAAGCCAUUGAACCUGGCCGCACGGGAACAGGAGCCCCCUCCGUGGCCAGUUCGAUGGCCGGGAAGUCUAUGGCCUCCGUCGGCUCUCAUACGGGGCUCUUGGAAUCAGCCAGUCGAACGAGCACCCCGACUGUCAUGGCCAACGAAGCGAUCACUAUGUCUUCUGGCGCUGUGAGCGCGUCGGAUGACUUCCGUCCGCCACGGACAAGGCGCCGGGUGCCCGACCCUUAUGCCAUUGACUUGGACGACGAUGACCUUGAUGAUUUGCUUGAAGAGCCCAAGCCGAAACGUGAGGAGGAGAGUCUGAUAGACUUUCUACGCAACGUACCUCCGCCUGAGGCUACACCUGCGCCACAGCCUUCGGCUACAAAUACGAAUUCCCGGCGAGGUUCGUCUGCCGGAUUCGGCGGCGCGUCGGUGAAGGCUCGACUGCUUCGCAACACUUCCUCCGAAAAGACGCCCUUACCGAAAGCCUCCAAGAACACGCUGCGUCAGCAGUCAGACAGUUAUGUGGGUGGUGCAGCGAAUUAUACCGUCAAGGUUAGCAUGGAGCGCAAUGGUGGAGGCAUGAACGGUGCUUACGGCCUGAAGACCGCCUCGAGUCGACAGACCGAGACCAGCGCAUUGGCUGAUUUCUUGAAAAACACUGGACCUCCUGAGCCUCCUGUGACCAGGCCUCCUGUUCCUGUCAAAACAAAGGAAUCGGGAUUCGCGCGACUCUUUGUGCGUCGCAAGAAGGUUGAGGCCUAACGUACCUCACAUCUCAAUGCAUCUUCUUUGAUGCCCUCAUUCAUU